GCGGGUGCGCGUGGGGACGCCAGGCCUCGGCAGCUCUUUGCGGGAACGGCGCCGUGCGUGUUCCCACCUGCUGAGACGGGAAGUCAAGAUAGUUUGCACUUGAAGGGUACUUGGACAAACCUCGGAUGCCUGUUAACUUGAGUCAAGCUGGAAUUUGUGUGAAAAGCUGAGCAGUUGCCUCCUGGCUGCUGGGAAAAGAUUCUGCUUUCAGGUUCUCAGGGAUGGUGAUUUGAAGAAUCAGGUUUCCGAUAUGAACAAAGUAAAAACAUCAUCUGAAAAAAGUGUUUCUACCAGUUCUCGGACUAUGUCGCUGCUGUCACAGCUGGAGAAGAUCAAUUUGGACUCUGUGUUAGGAGAAGCAGACAAUGCUAGAUACGUUACCUCAAAGAUCCUUCAUCUGGUUCAGAGUCAAGAAAAAACCAGGAAGGAGAUGACUUCUAAGGGCUCUACUGGAAUAGAAGUUAUCCUGUCAACGCUAGAGAAUACAAAAGAUCCUCAAACUAUUCUAAAUAUAUUGAAUAUUCUCAUUGAGGUAGUCUCCGUUGGUGGUGGUCGGAGAGCCAGCGUCUUAGUCACUAAAGGAGGGACACAGAUCUUAUUGCAGCUGCUUUUGACUGCCAGCAAAGACACUCCACCAAAUGAAGAAUUAAUGGUGCUUCUUCAUACUCUUCUUGCAAAAAUUGGUCCAAAAGACAAAAAGAUUGGCAUGAAAGCAAGAAUUAAUGGUGCCCUCAACAUAUCAUUGAAUUUAGUGAAGCAGAAUUUGCAGAACCACAGGCUAAUACUGCCAUGUCUUCAAGUAUUAAGAGUUUACUCAACCAACUCUGUAAAUGCAGUGUCCUUGGGAAAGAAUGGAGUAGUAGAACUGAUGUUUAAGAUCAUUGGCCCUUUUAGUAAAAAGAACACUAGCCUUAUGAAGGUUGCUUUAGACACACUUGCUGCAUUGCUAAAAUCAAAAACAAAUGCCAGGAGAGCAGUAGACAGAGGAUAUGUGCACGUGCUUUUAACAAUUUAUGUUGAUUGGCACCGUCACGAUAGUCGACACAGAUACAUGCUGAUACGUAAAGGAGUUUUACAGUGCAUUAAAAGUGUUACAAACAUCAAAUUGGGAAGAAAAGCAUUCAUUGAUGCCAAUGGGAUGAAAAUUCUUUACAACACUUCACAAGAGUGCCUUGCAGUAAGAACUCUUGAUCCUCUUGUCAACACAUCCAGCCUAAUAAUGAGAAAAUGUUUUCCUAAAAAUCGUCUUCCUUUACCAACUAUUAAAAGUGCUUUCCAUUUCCAACUCCCAGUUAUUCCUGCCAGUGGUCCUGUGGCUCAGCUGUACAACUUGCCUCCUGAUGUGGAUGAUGUAGUAGAUGAAAGUGAUGAUAACGAUGAUGCUGAAACAGAAUCAGAAAUUGAAACCGAAAAUGAUGAUGACAGGGACCAACAUUUUAAGAAUGAUGAUAUUGAGACCGAUAUUAAUAAACUGAAACCUAGACAGGAAUUGGGAAGACCCAUAGAAGAACUGAAAAUAUAUGAGCAAUUCUUCCCGGAACUUUCAGAAAACUUUCAGGAAUGUGACUUAGUUUCCAAGGAACCAAAGCCUUUUGUACCUGAUGCAAAUCUGUGUGGACCUAUUGUUGUUCCUACAGCAGGAGAGGAGCACUCUGCUGAAGCAAAACAGUCAAUGAAAGGAGUUAUUUUAAAGGAGAGCAAUCCUUUAUUGGCAGAGGAAUAUAACAGAAGGCCAGCCUUUCUGGAACUACCAAAGAAAGAUAGUAUCAAAGAUAGUAGUUUACAUCAGCAAAAUGAUCAAAGAAAUCUGCUUCCAUCAUGCCAGUGUCUAAGCCAAGAUAUUGUGAAGGGCUUGGACAGAAUCAGUCUGCAGAGCAGUGCAAAAAAUGACCAAUAUUAUUCUACAGGGUGUGUAAUAAAGAAGGAGAGCAAAACUAGCCUUACCACACUUGCUUGUAGUAAACCUUGCGAACAUGUUUCACCCUGUGGAAGCAGCCUCUUUGAAGGAUCAUCUGUCCAGCUGGGAAAACUCUGCUGCACUGGAGUGGAUUCAGAGGAGGAGGAUUCCAGAUCUAGUUCAUCAGGGGAACAAGUCGUGCUUGAGGUUUCUGAUGUAUCACCAGUUCAUGACUGUGAUCUUUAUAUUGAAAUGGUAAAAACCACAAAGUCUAUUCCUGAAUAUUCAGAAGUGGCCUAUCCAGAUUAUUUUGGCCAUAUUCCACCCCCAUUUAAGGAGCCUAUUCUGGAAAGGCCAUAUGGGGUGCAGAGGACAAAAAUCUCUCAAGAUAUUGAAAGACUGAUUCAUCAAAAUGACAUUAUAGACAGAGUUGUGUAUGACCUUGAUAAUUUGAGUUGUUCAGUACCAGAGGAAGCAGAUGUCUUGAAGUUUAAUUCCAAAUUUGAAUCAGGAAAUCUGCGCAAAGUUAUUCAGAUCAGAAAAAACGAGUAUGAUCUAAUUCUGAACUCGGAUAUAAAUAGCAAUCAUUAUCAUCAGUGGUUUUACUUUGAAGUUAGUGGAAUGAAAACUGGCAUUGGUUACCGGUUUAACAUCAUCAACUGUGAAAAGUCAAACAGUCAAUUUAACUAUGGUAUGCAGCCCCUCAUGUAUUCUGUUCAAGAAGCAUUAAAUUCUCGACCAUGUUGGACUCGUGUUGGGACAGACAUUUGUUACUAUAAGAAUCACUUUUCAAGAAGUUCAAUUGCUGCUGGAGGUCAGAAAGGAAAAUCUUACUACACAAUUACGUUCACAGUGACUUUCCAACAUAAAGAUGAUGUUUGCUACUUUGCUUACCACUACCCGUAUACAUACUCAACUUUAAAGAUGCAUCUUCAGAAGCUGGAAUCUAUGCACAACCCUCAACAGAUAUAUUUUCGACAAGACGUUCUCUGUGAGACCCUGGCUGGCAACAGUUGUCCCUUAGUCACUAUUACAGCCAUGCCAGAGUCCAAUUACUAUGAACAUAUCUGUCAGUUCAGGAAUCGUCCUUAUGUUUUCCUAUCUGCUCGUGUACAUCCUGGAGAGACUAAUGCAAGCUGGGUUAUGAAGGGAACACUGGAAUACCUUAUGAGCAAUAAUCCAAGCGCCCAAUGUUUACGAGAAUCUUAUAUUUUCAAAAUUAUUCCUAUGCUCAAUCCAGAUGGUGUCAUCAAUGGAAACCACCGUUGCUCUUUAAGUGGAGAAGAUUUAAACAGGCAGUGGCAAAAUCCAAAUCCAGAUCUGCAUCCCACUAUUUACCAUGCUAAAGGGUUACUGCAAUAUCUGGCUGCUAUAAAACGUUUACCUUUGGUCUACUGUGAUUAUCAUGGUCACUCUCGUAAAAAGAAUGUAUUUAUGUAUGGCUGCAGCAUCAAAGAGACAAUGUGGCACACAAAUGUUAAUGCUGCCUCUUGUGACCUGAUUGAAGACCCUGGUUACAGGGCACUGCCCAAGAUCCUGAGUCAAACUGCCCCAGCAUUCUGCAUGGGCAGCUGCAGCUUUGUAGUGGAAAGGUCCAAGGAAUCAACAGCGAGAGUUGUUGUCUGGAGAGAGAUAGGAGUACAAAGGAGCUACACAAUGGAAAGCACAUUAUGUGGAUGUGACCAGGGCAAAUAUAAGGGAUUGCAGAUAGGGACAAGAGAACUGGAGGAGAUGGGAGCAAAAUUUUGUGUUGGCUUACUGCGUUUAAAAAGAAUGGCCUCACCUUUGGAAUAUAAUCUGCCUUCUAGUCUGUUGGAUAUUGAAAAUGAGCUGAUCGAGUCAAGCUGUAAAGUGACAAGCCCCACUACAUAUGUUUUGGAUGAAGAUGAACCUCGCUUUCUUGAAGAAGUUGAUUACAGCGCAGAGAGUAAUGAUGAUCAAGACAUUGAAUUAGCUGAUAAUGCAGGUGAUUAUGAGGCAACUAAUCAAGAAGAUGGACUUUCAGACUCAGAUUCAACAAGGAUACUCCUUUCUUGAACCAUCUUUGCAGCCAGUAAUAGGAAAUUAAUUUCCCAGAUUUUCAUAGUCAAAUACUUCCUCACUGUUGUCUACCAAGGGGAUAGGCUUAAGGAAACACAAAUAACUGGGGCCUGCCUAGCUCAAGGACAAUAAAUAUUUCUGAUUUCUGGUAAACUGGCAUUUGUUUUGUUUAAGGAAUUCUGUGUUUUCUUUUAACACUAAAUAGAUAAAUUUAUUUACCGGUUCAUUUUCUACUAAAUAGCACUGCAUGGCAUUUUGUGUCCUUAAACCCUAUCUACAGAAAAAUGAAUUAUAAUUUGUGGUGUGUCAGAGUACAGAAACUAAUUCUUUGUGGUACGGUUCUUUGAGUUGCUUCCCGAAAAAUACACAUGUACAGAUUUUCUAAAUUAAUUUGUGUAUGUGUGUGUAUAUGCGUGUGUGUAUCCUGAGGUGAAGAGGUUAUUUUUCAACAUUAUUUCAAAGAUACUUGAUUGUGUUUGAAGUAAUGUAGUGCCUGCUCUGGAACCAUUCAAUAAUUACUAAAUUAAAAAUGAAAAAGUGAUGUAUGAA